AUGCUCGUAAGCUUGAAUGAUUUAAUUCUCGCAUUAAAUAACUCGAAGUUCUGGGAGUCGGACGUCUUGUGAAUAGUGAUUAAGUGUUUAAAACAAAGUUAUUGAUCAAACAAUGCCUGGCAAGCUCGAGCAGCAGUCGCUGGAGGUGGAGUACAAGAAGACAGGCAUUAAUCCAUCCGACAUCGCCGUUUUACGUCGUUGGCUCAAAACCCAACCUCACCUACCUGAAAAAUAUAUUACCGAUCUCGACUUAAUUCUCACAUACUUUUGCUGUUACCGGAGCUCGGAAGUGUCAAAACAAGUGUUAGAUCUUCAUUUCACUCUGAGGACUCUAUUCACAAAUUUAUUCCACAACAGAGUUGUCGAUGAAAAAUUAUUAAAAACUUUAAAUGUCGUUUUGGUGAUGCCGCUCCAAGUUCGAUCAUACAAUAAUCAUUACAUUGUAUACCAUAGACUUAUCAACUAUGACACUAAGAAUUUCGUCUUCUCAGAUAUAAUCAGGGCAGUACUGAUGUUAAUGGAUUUGAGGCAGUACGAAGAUGGCACCUGGCCGGGAUUUAUCAUUCUGAUUGAUCUAAACGGUGUCUCGCUCAGCCAUAUUACGAAACUCGAUCUGCAGACAGUGCAACAGUUAUUAUAUUAUUUACAGGAAGCAAUGCUAGUGAAGCUAAAGGGAUUACACUUCAUGAACGCGCCGUCAUAUGUAGAUAAGUUACUUAUGGUGAUAAGGCCGUUCUUGAAAAAGGAGCUGAUGAACCAACUCUGUAUCCACCAAGUUGGUUCAAAGACGAUCGAGAAAGUUAUGCCAAUUGAAGCACUGCCCAAGGACGCUGGGGGGCAAUAUAAGACAUUUGAAGAAGCGAAGAAAAACACAAUUGAAAAGGUUCUAGCAAAUAAGGAUUUCUUUAUAAAUGAAAACAAAAAGAGAGUCAUAGAGUCACUAAGGCCUGGAAAACCGAAGACGAUUACAGAUAUAUUUGGUGGAAUAGAGGGUUCUUUUAAGAGAUUAGAAAUAGAUUAGAAAUAUAUAUAUAAUUUAAUAAUUAUUUUGUUUAAGUUAAUGUAAAUAAAAUGUAUAAGUAAUCAAGUUCGAACAAAACGUCUUC